UGGAAUAUGUGUUAUGCUUUUUUGUUUUGUUUUUUUGCUCAACUUUAAUUUUAAUACUAUCUUACGUAUAGAAAGAGAACAUGAGUAAACACUAAUUUCCGGCUGUAGUAUGUUGGCGAUUAAUAUUCUAAAGAAUUAUGACGGUUUUCUAGAAUUUUAUAAUUUGCUGUUAUUAUCAUGUUUCGAUGUUCUGCGAAAUCUCGCGCCCCCUGUCCAAAUGUCAUCCCAAGAAAAGAAUUUCGUAGCUUAGCUAAGAUUUCGCAGCACAAUGAGCGAGUCGGAAUUGUUGUGUCUCGGUAUGUUACGGGUGCAAUGUGAAUUCUACCAUCUUUGGGAAAGUUUAUUAACAGCAGGCGAUUUAAUCAAUUAAUACAGUUCUUACUCUAAAAGACUUCGCCGUAGGCAACAUGUCGUGGAAUGAGAUCGAACAUGGGUUAUACUUAGGGAAUUUGGAUGCUGCACAAGAUGAGAGUGUUUUGACACUUUUAAACAUCACUCACGUUUUAACUAUUAACGUUCUGCCUCUUAAGCAGUUUAUCAAAUCAGAUCUUAAGACUAAGUGUAUGUUUAUUCCAGCAAAUGACACAGCGGACUCGGAUCUAUUAUCUUGGUUUAAUGACACGAACUUGUUCAUCAAAGAAGGACGAGAAAAAGGAGCCUGUUUUGUGCAUUGCUUUAUGGGAAUAUCCAGAAGUGCAACUGUUGUAAUAGCUUAUCUGAUGAAUCAAUACCAACUUUGUUAUGAAGAGGCUUAUCAUAUGGUGAAGGAGAAGAGAAACUGUAUAAUUAUUCCUAACUACCUGCAAGUAGUUCUAACACCUUAUUGAUCAAUCUGUGCAACUUCCCAGGUUAAUCCAGAACAAGAACCAAAACCCUCAAGUAAUUGGUUACUGUGAUGGCCUAAUAAUGGAUUUCGGGCACAACUGAAACUGUAUGAAAAUAUGAAAUGGAAAAUUGACUCUUCAAACAUACAGUAUAAACUAUUUUAUUGGAAUUGCCAUGGCCAGGAACUAGACAAAG